ACAGCGGGGGGGGGGGGGGCGUGGACAGGGGACAGGCUGAGGCCGCUCAGUGUGGAGCAGGAGCAGUAGCGGCAGCAACAGCAGGAGCAGCGGCGGACGCUGAGGCCCGAGCCGCCCGUCGUUACCGCGGCGACGCCAUACGACAAGGUGGACGCCAAGGUCCGCAUGCGGGGACGGGUGUGAUUCAGUGCAGCUUUCAUUAUCGCUGCUCGUUAUCAAUAACGUUGGGAGGAGAUCAACAAUAUAAAAUGGUUACAUGUCCCACAAAUGUAAUACUAAAGUGGCUUGAACACCUGAACAGUUCCUGGGCCUUAGAAGACAGUGAGUCUAUAGCCACAAGAGAAGGUGCCUCCACAUUAUAUGAAAAGCUACUCCAAAACAAAGAAGUGGUAGGAAUAUCUCAACAAGCGCAACAUCUGAUAGGUCCAAGAUUGCCCGAUUUUGAACAUGAAUCUUCAGCUGUGGAAGAACGUGAGCGCUAUCUCUCUGCACUGCUUAACAGCCAACAAAAUUUGGCCAGGACGGUCUUUGGAAAUUCACCUUUUGCUGUUGCCUUACACAUGCGCUUGGUGUCACUUCAGAGGAUAUUCUACGCACUUUCUCACAAGUACCAUGAUCGGUUCAGACCAGAACGUCAAGUACAAAGGCAGAGUUCUGACAGCAGAUUAAAUCUAGAUGAUAUGUUGGCCCGGAAUAAAAUAAUAAAAUCUGGUACUGAUGUUCUAAUAGAAAUGGGAGUGAAGACUGGUCUGAGUCUGCUUUUUGCACUAAUUCAACAAAAUUGGCAACAAUCGAAGAUAGAUCCAAGCUUGAGCUUGUGCAAUGAUGUUCUGUGCACAGCCUGCACAAUUAUCAAUUCCCUACCUCCCCUGUCUCUGGCAAAUGAAAACAAAAUCCCACAAGUUGGUUUGGACUGCCUUGCACAAGUUACAACAUUUCUGAAGAAGAUGACCAUGCCUAGUUCAGGAGCUGAUAACGAAGGGCGAAGAUUGGCUGCAGAGCUAUUAUUAGGUCUUGCAGUCCAGCGUGGUUCAUUGAAGUUCCUACUUGAGUGGAUUGAAGUUGCAUUGGCAGCUUCUACCGCUGCUACCAAAACACCCUUUGAACCAGAAAAAGAAGGAAUGAUUGGAUAUGAUUGUUUUUUAAAAUCAUUGGAACAACUGAAACAUUCUUCAAAUACAUAUAAAGAAAAUCUACAAAAUCAAGACCUAAAAAGAACUCCGGAUGGAUUAUGUUCCCUAUCGCAUGCUGCAAUUUGUCUUUUUGAAGAGAUUUGCAAUUUAGCAUUAGAUUGCCUCUGCAGUACCAGUUCUCAUAACUCUCAAAGUCAUGACAGUGAAACAAGUGCUGUGUAUGUCUGGGGAAGCAACAGCAGCCAUCAAUUAGCAGAAGGGACCCUGGAGAAAAUCUUACAACCCAAAUUAGCACAUGGAUUUGCUAAUGCAAAGACAAUUGAGGCUGGCCAGUAUUGCACAUUUGCAGUUUCAGAAGAUGGCUCCGUAAAAGCUUGUGGGAAAGGUAGUUAUGGCCGACUUGGACUGGGUGACUCCAACAAUCAGUCAGCGGCCAAAAAGCUCACAUUUGAACCUCCUCGAAAUAUCCGUAAAAUAUCAUCCUCAAAAGGUUCAGAUGGACAUACGCUAGCUGUAACUACGGAAGGAGAGAUGUUCAGUUGGGGAGAUGGUGAUUAUGGAAAACUUGGACAUGGAAAUAGUGCGACCCAGAAAUAUCCCAAAUUGAUUCAAGGCCCUUUACUUGGAAAGAUUGUGAUCUGUGUGUCAGCAGGAUAUAGGCACAGUGCAUCAGUGACAUCCGAUGGAGAACUUUAUACCUGGGGAGAAGGAGACUUUGGUAGACUUGGACAUAGUGACAGCCGUAGUCGUAAUCUACCAUCUCUUGUUAAAGAUAUAAGCAGUGUUGGCCAAGUAGCUUGUGGCAGCUCCCACACUCUUGCUGUAUCUCAGGAUGGACGAACGGUUUGGUCAUUUGGAGGGGGCGACAAUGGUAAGCUUGGUCAUGGAGACACUAACCGAGUGUACCGGCCAAAGGUAAUUGAAGGCUUCCAAGGACUGUAUAUUAGGAAGGUUUGUGCCGGAAGCCAGUCUUCACUUGCGUUGACUUCUGCUGGGCAGGUGUUUGCUUGGGGCAGUGGCUCUUGUUUAGGAACUGGUUCUUCAGAAACAACGGCUCUUAGACCACGACUAGUUGAGGAGCUUAAUUCAACAAAAAUCAUUGAUAUUUCUUGUGGAGAUAGCCAUUGCCUAGCACUAACUCAUGACAAUGAAGUGUAUGCUUGGGGUAAUAACGCAAUGGGUCAAUGUGGACAGGGGCAUACAUCAACUCCAAUUGCUAAACCGAAGAAAGUAAUUGGUUUGGAGGGAAUACCUGUGCAACAAAUCACUGCAGGAACUUCUCACAGCCUUUCCUGGACUGCUGCUCCUACUGAUAGACAACUGGUAGCCUGGCACAGACCUUUCUGCGUUGAUCUGGAAGAUAGCACUUUUAGUUACUUGCAAACAUUUUUGGAUAGGUACUGUGAUGGCAUUAACAACGAGGUACCUCCACAACCUUUCUUCUCUCAAAGGGAGCACCAUCACUUUGUAUUUCUUUGUUUGAAGUUACUUUCCACUCAUCUUUCCCUGGCUCAAACUGGAGGAACAGGUGCUACUGUCCUUGGCCAGCAAGGUAGACCACUAAGAAACUUGCUUUUUCGAUUAAUAGAUUCGGAUGUCCCAAGCUCCAUUGAAGAGGCAGUCAAUGAAACACUUUCAGUUGGUGCAUCUUUACUGUUGCCUCCACUCAGGGAACGUACUGAACUGUUACAUAAUCUACUACCUCAAGGUCCUGAAAGAUGGGAAAGUUUAUCAAAAGGACAAAGAAUGCAAUUGGAUAUCAUACUGACCAGUCUGCAGGACCAGUCCCACAUUGCAUCUCUGUUGGGUUACAGCUCACCUGUUGAUAUGACAGAGGGAUUCUCUCAGAAGUGCUGUUCAGACCAGGACUCGUCCAAUUCAGGAACUAUCGACCAUUUUCAUUUAGCAGAGAUCCUUUUAAAAACUCUGUUAAGGAACAUUGGUUUCUACACUGAGCGUGCAUUUGGAGAGCUGGAGAAGAACAGUGAUAAGCAACAAAGUAAUACAAGCAAUACAGAGAGUGGACCACCUUCCCAUGUCCAUCAACUGCUGUCUGCAUUACAUAAACAUCUACUGGCUCACUGUUACUCAAAUGCUGCUGCUAAGGAUCAGUUAAGCAUAGAUUUGCUGCAUAAACAUUUGCACUUGUUGCUGCUGUAUGCAUCCGAUACCUACAGACGGUCUGCAAUCCUUCUCAAAGAAAGCUUAGUGGAUAGCAGUGUUACAGAUAAGUUGCACGGAAUUCUUUUUAACUCUGCGGCAGGAAGUAUUUUGUGUCAGGUCGUCUAUUCCCUUCUGCUGCUACCUGCUGGUAUUGUACGACCAAUGCUUGGCAGUCUUCUAGAUCUUCUUCAACCUCUGGAUUGUCUAAAUAGGCUUUUACCAGCGGCACUGUUAUUAGAGGAACAAGAACUGGAAUCGGUGAUAAAUGAAACUGGAAACAAUUCUGAAAAUUCCAUUCCUAUGAAUGUUAAAUCUUGGAUUUGGUUGAUUGAUAUGGAGCGAACCAUUUCUUUUACUAUUGGGCAAUGUCUUGGAGAAAUGCUGCAAGGUCCUCUUUGUUCACCAGAAGAAGUAAAUUCAGCAUAUUGGCUGCAAAGCCAACUCCUCAGCAAUGGUCUUGAAAUUGACACCGAACGGCUUGAUACUUACAUUAAUAGCCUCACCACAAAGGCUUUGGCUCGCUCUGCGGAAAAUAAGUCAUUUGAGUUUCGAGUUUCUGAAGACACUACAGUGCUAAUAGAGAUUGCACUGGGUACCCCACUAGAGCCAGGGUUCAAAAUCUGGAGCGGAAUGCAGCUGUACGCCAUUAGCAACGAGUGGGAGUGCAGUGCAAAUGGGGAUCAUUUGUUGGACACAGUCUCACGAUUCGUGCUUGCUGUAUUACUUAAGCACACUGGACUAUUGCUAGAAGCCUGCAAAGAUGACCGCUCUCAGCCCAAUGAAAGACUUGUGGAAAUAUAUCAAUGUGUCUACAGGGUUAGAAGUGCACUUCUAGCUCAAAGGAAUGUUGUCCAUAAUACUGCAAAUGCUCAGCUGCCUAGUUGGACGAGACGGGUUUCAGAAAUCUCAGAUGAUGUUGAGGAUGAGCCACAAGAAAGUUGCAGUACAUCUGCUGAGCCAAUUGUGAAUAAGGGACAAUCUGAAGAACCACUGUACAAUAUGGAAAGGGAGAUUGUCUUAUUGGACACAGAGGAUUUCCCAAAGAUAAGCAAGGUUUUGGAAUGUUUCCUUGCUCGAAAGGCAGCUUGUCAUCAUGAAAAUGAAACUGUGUAUGAAUACUCGGGCACAAGUGCCCAGCCCAAUGGAACAGGCAGUGUGGAAGUUCCAGAAACUGAAGUUACUGCGAAAGAGAAACGAACGGAAUCAGAAGACCAGUUUUCCUCUAUCUCUGCGUGCCACUAUGUAAUUGUUCGUUGUGCAUUCCUUAUGCUUGGAGUAAGGCCCAUGUGGUCAGAAAAUGUAUGUCAAGAGCAGACAACAUCAGUUAAAAUUAGGAAGGAAACUUCUGCCCAAGAGGAUCAGUCAUUUCGUACAAGACUCAGAUCAAAUCAAAGUGAUUCCGAUGCAAGGAAACAAGUGAAUAAAGAAAUUACUGGAAGCCAAUCAAGAAUACAAACAAGAUCAUCUGAACACACAUUAGGAACCCCACUGUGUUCACGUAGCAUUGUGAAAGAUGCUUGGCACCUGCUACAAAAGUGCAUUAACCCACCAGACAAUGUUCAGGCAUCGACGUUGGUGCCUUUGGUGAAUGAUAUCUUUCAAUUCCUGUGUGGGAAUCUUACUCGAUCCUCAAAUCUGGUAGAACGAGAAACUGGCAAGGAGGCUGACCCCAAGGUGGUUAUCAUAGCAAUGGGUCAUCAGCAAAAAAGAGCAGAGCUUCGUCUUGAAGCACUUUGUCAGAUUUCAUCUUUUCUUUCUGAAAUGGAGGGUAAAAGUGACUUUUCUAUGGACACCUCUGAAGUACCAUUAAAAUCAACUGGUCUUCUAUCAACAGUGCAGCUACAAUUUCUUACUGGUUGCUUUGAUUUAGGAACAGCAAACAUCAAGCGGAAUUGUGGAAAACUCCAACACUAUCAGGAUGUAACACAUGCUGCCUGUGGAAGUACACAGCAGGAACUUCAGACUGCGGCACAUAAGCUCUAUCAGCAUCUGGUUUCUGCUCUGGAAAAAGGACUUGCAACUGGAAACGAGCUCUCAGGAGCCCAGCAGCAUCUAUUAUUGGCUACCAUAUUUGCCUUAAACAUACGAUACCAGCCUACUGACAUAACAGUAGUAAUCCACAGUGGUCUUCUCGAUGCCCUAUCCAAGCUGACAAACUCCUGCCUGCUUGUGAACCAGCGGUGGUUGAUGGCCUCAGUGUCUGGCCAUUCCCAGCUAAAUGUGGCAUUAAAACUGGCUGGUGCUAGGCUUCUGCAGAUUUUGGCAAUCACUGCAAGUUCCUAUGCAGACACUUUGUGCCCAGAAGUAGUUCAAGCACCAAUGGACGUAUUGUGCUGCCAGCUGCAAAAUUUUUUACAUGCGAUGUGCGGAAAUGCAGAAUGUGAAAUAACUGGAGAGGAAUGUAAAGAACCACAUGGCUGCGGAUCCAGCACCAGAUCGGAAAGUAAAGAUUUCAUCAAUAACAGAAGAAUUGUAGAAAUUCAGUUGGGAGACUUCCUUGUUUUUUUGCGUCGUGUUAUCUCCUUCAGAAGCCUGCAGAACAAUAUGGUUUCUGUGAAAUGGAUUGACCCAAUUGUAUUGAUAGCUUCAGGGAUGAAUACAUCAGGUGCUCCAUUUAUACAUAAUUUACGCACCAAGUUAUUAGCAUUGCAUAUUUUGGAGUCGCUGUUGCCUGCCUGUUUGGAGCCAAACCAAAUUAAGGAGACUUUGGAAGGACUCUUCAAUUCGCUUUCUUCUUAUAUGUGGGACAUGCCACUUGCUUUAAGCAAACUGGAAAAAGUAGAGAAAUCAAUUGAGGAUAAAGAGUGUGACAACAUACCCAUUAAAGAGUUUUCCUUCGAUCCAGAAAAAAUGGUUUGCUGUGUAAUGGAAGCAGGAAAUGUUUUAUCUCAUGGUAUGGGAGGCAAAGGAUAUGGCUUAGCAUCAACGGCCAUGACAUCUGGAUGUUUUCAGUGGAAGUUUUACGUAACCAGGGAAAAUAAGGGCAAUGAAGGUACGUGUAUCGGAGUCUCACGGUGGCCAGUCAGAGAUUUCAAUCAUCGUACAACAUCAGAUAUGUGGCUUUACAGAGCUUAUAGUGGAAACCUCUAUCACAACGGGGAACAAAGCUGUACUCUACCUAGCUACACCCAAGGAGAUUGUAUAACUUGCGUUCUGGAUGUGGAAGCCAGAACAAUUUCUUUUGGAAAGAAUGAUGAGGAACCAAAACUAGCCUUUGAAGAUGUUGAUGCAACUGAGUUGUAUCCGUGUGUGAUGUUUUAUAGCAGUAAUCCAGGAGAGAAGGUGGCACUUUGUGACAUGCAAAUGCGUGGAAUGCCUCGAGACCUUCUACCUGGUGACCCAUUUUGCAGUCCUCUUACGACUGCAUUGUCAGAGGCAACUGUACAGUUGAUCCGAAUAUUACAUACCAAUGACAACUGGAUGUCUUCAAUUAAUCACCAUAUGCUUUGUAGGCUAGAGUUGAUCGGUUCGAUUAUGAAAGAAGCAAAAAUAUUGAAACUGAAUAAAACACGAAGUAAAUAUUCCAUAAAGAAAAGCACUCUUGAGGAAAAAGAGUUGAGAGGCCAAGAAGAACAACUCUUAAAGGAUGAAGAUAAGGUCCAGUGUAUUACAGAGUUAGCUGAACUACAGCUCAGAAUGUUAUGCAGAGAGGUAUGGCCUGUUCUGGCAGUUGUUGGUGGAAUAGACAGCGGACUACGAGUUGGUGGUCAAUGCUUGCACAAGCCUUCAGGUCGCAAAGCAACCCUUUUAGGAGUUACAAAAGCAGGAGGCAACUUUGCAAGACUACAGUGGGAAGAUGCAGACAUUACCAUCAGUGACACAUCGCUCUCCUCUCUGGAAACGUGCAAGUCUCAUUGCUUCGACAUAACUAGACUCCAUGGUCUAAAGCCAUCCAUGUUAUUAGACCUGACCUACUUAACAGGAGUACAUAAAGAGCCUGAAAUAUGCAACAAGGUGGCACAAAAUAAAGACCCUCCUGAGAAUGCUGUCAAGAAUGAACUGGAAAAAAAGUUGGAUGAAGAAAUAGCAAAAUGUAUGGCAGAUGAUGAUCACAAUGAUCCUUCCAGCAUGCAAAAUCAAGAAUCUCCAAAUGUCCUUUUGAAAGACUUCCGAGAUCAUAAUGAAGAAAAUGAAGUUCGUAAAGGUAGCCCUAUGAAAGGGAGUACUGAAUUAAUCGAAACCUGUCCAAAGAUAUGUGAUAGAACUGUACAAAAGUAUGAAUUAUUCUUAGCCGAACUACGAGCUGUGCAACUUUCAUACCUGUCUGUUGGUGCCAUGAAAACGCUUAGUGUUAUACUGAGUCAAGGCAAAUAUGCGGACUUGCUCCUUAUUCCCAACAUCUCAACAAGCAGCCCAUGUACUUCAGAUUAUGCCAAAACCCCUUCAGAGAAUGCUGAACUUCGAAUGGUCCUACAUAAUAUAAUGAGGUGCAUGGUUAAAUGGGCAGUCCGGCCAUGUCCAAUUAAACGGGUAGUGUCACUGGCUGACCUUGAACGUGCACAUAUCAUGAUAUUCAAGUCUGCUUUGGAUUCCUUGGUGGAAGAUUGCAUAAGUAAAGAGAAAGAGGGAUCAUUGACAGAAAAUACAAGACUUCACUCUCAAGCGGCAUCAACCUCAUCUAGUACAGUUUCACUGUACAGUAACUCCUCUGAGGAAAGUGCAGGGAUUCCCAUCUCAGUGCCAGCUUCAAACUCUUCUUCGGCCACAAAUUUUGGUUCUUUAGUAUCUGCAAAUGGAUUGGAAAAUGUUAACCCUUUCUUGCCUGUCAACGUCUUACAACAAAUGGUUUUUGUCCGAUUUCCGUCACUGUCUGGAUUGUUUAACAAUCCUUUAUUACUCCCUGGAUUGAAUGUGGUACCUGCUAUUUCGGAUGAUGAUGGGGAGCAAAGGAAUUAUUUUACAUUUCCUUCAGUUUCCAACAGACAAUGUAGUUCACCUGAAAAUUCUAGAAGUGAUCUUCCUGAGCAUCCUCCACCAGUUGCUGUUCCCUUGCUAGAAAUGGGUUUUUCCUUGAGACACAUUUGCAGAGCAGUUGAUGCUGCAGGUGUUUCUGGAGAUGCAGACCCACAGUCAAUUGAACAGUUAGCCAGCUGGAUGUUAGAACAUCCACUCGCAGAAGAACAAGAAGUAAUUGUUUAUUCCUCAGCAACGGUGGACAAUGACUUGGAGACACCGGUGGAGUCUGAGGUUAUAGUGCACAAUCGAUCAACUACGCCUGUGUCUCCUGACAAUGUUGAACGGGAAGAUGCUGUUGAAGGCAGAAACACUGAUGGUUUGGAUCAAAUAGAAAGAGGAAACUUUAUUGAUGUGCAUUUGACUAGAAAUAGGCCUCCACCAGCUCGAAGACGCAGAACAAGCCAAGGUCAUCGUUCCGCCUUCAUACGGGCUGGAUCCAGAUCUCCUCCACUGGUACACUCAUCGCUACGAAGGGAGCCUGAACCUGCAGGGUGGCAGGAAACUGAUGCAAUAUCUGACCGCAAUCUAGAUGGAGAGUUGGAACUCUGUUUUUCUGAGGAUCCACUGUCUGAAGGCUCCGUUGAGGAUCUGUUUCCUUCUGAAUGUGGUGUUGAAAAUGAAGCACAGGGCAUUUGGUUGUCGGAGAUGAUGGAUUGGCCUAAUAUGUGCCAGGAUAGCUCAGAUGCAGAGGAGGUCGUCAUUUGUGAACUGUGUGACAUUCAAACAACAGAAUUCAACAAUCACAUGAAGCGGCAUCACCCUGGUUGUGGCGCGAGUGCAGGCCACAUGGGAUAUCGCAGUAAUGGAGCCUAUGUUGAUGGUUGGUUUGGAGGAGAGUGUGGCACAGGGAGCCCAUACUAUCUGAUGUGCAACAUUUGCCGUGGAAAAUAUUUGUCUGAGAAACCAAGACACAAGCAAGCCAAAUUAAGUCGCAAAGCAAAAGGAUUAGCACCUGAUUUAAUCAACAAGCCUGAAAAUACACAUGAAGAGGACUGGGAUAUGUUAGAUGCCGAAGGAAAUGAGCGACUUACAGGACUAGAAGAUUUUGCUUCAUUAACAGGGCCACUUGGAUUGAAUGAUAGCAAACUGAUUCCAGAUCCUGUCCAAUUUCCAGAACAGGAUCCCCUUGGAGCAUUAAUUACCACUGAUAAUGCAGAAGAGACUCUUUUAAAGAAAGGUGUGAACAAGUGUGAUGGGAAAAAAUAUUCUAGGCUGGCUUUGGGUGAGCAAGCAGCAUCUCUUCGAGAGACCAAAGAAAGAGUUAUUGCUCUCCAACAUGUCACAAUGUCGAUGCAAAUUCUUUUAGCACAUACCAUGGUUAUGAAAGCUUUAUCACUUAUCUCUGUGAGUGGGUCUAUGUGCAGUCAGACAAGUGGGCUGGAAGCUCUUGGAUUAACGGACAUCCGUAUCUUGGUUCGGUUGAUGUGCCUUGCAGCAGGAGGCAGGGCUCAGUUGGCAAAGAACGGAACUGAACAUUUAUUUUCAAGUACUCAGUUUAGACCUGCAAAAGGAAGAACAUGGAGUACAAGAUCCUGCUUGACAUACAUGAGUUCAGCUAUUGGUUGUCUAGUGGCAAACAGCCCUACAGCUUACAGGGCAUUGGUUAAUGUCUGUACUCAGGAUUUAAUUGCUGGUGCAACAGGUCUACAUAUAGGUGCAAUUCGUGAUGUGCAGCAAAAGAACAGAGUGCUUCAUUAUUUUCAUAGACCAGCAAAAGACGACAAACUUUCUGGCUCUCCUAACUUUCUGGUAACCCAAGCCUUGGUAGCAUUGUUGACGGAGAAAGGUUGUUGGCAUCAUUCUAGCCAUGAAAAAGAGGAUGCAGAAUCUAAGGAUGCUCCGCAUACUUCAUCUGCAUAUUCUUACUCAUCGUCAUAUGUUGGGCCUUUGGAACUAGCCAAUGCACUUGCAGCUUGUUGCUUAUCUGGGAGAAUGAAUUCUGGACAUCGUCAAUGGGCUGCACAGCAUCUUGUACAGAUCUUAUCUACAACAGAAAGGAAUAACAAUUUAAGACCUCAAACCUAUGCGGAUUUGGCAGGAGAUCUGCGGAAAUGCCCCACUGUCAAGCUGGAAGCACAUGAGAACCGGGUUGCAAGUUCUUCAUGGUCAGUUGCAAAGAAUUUGCUAGCAACAAGUGCCCUGGAUAAAACCAUUCGCCUGUGGACUAUAAUCAAAAAUGCAGUUGCAUUAAUACAGACUAUUUGCUUUAAAACUUGUGAAGACUCACAGGAAAGGCCUUGUAGCCCUCCAGGUGACUUCAAUUUGUCUCCAGUGUAUUGGAGUGCCACUGGCAGAUUUUUAGCAGCCUCACAAGACAGAAUCAUCAACGUUUAUCAAGUUGAUGGGAAUAAUGAUAUCCAUAUGAAAAUUCAGCCAUCCUGGGUAACGGCUAUGGCCUGGGCAGACGUCCAAGCACCGUUCUUAAAUAAAGAUAGUGAUAAGCGACCAGAGGUUCUGAUAGUGGGACGACUGGAUGGAUCAAUUGGUUGCAUUGAAGCUACAGAGAAUAAUGUUUCUGACACAAUUAACCUGGUACAUUGUCAGAGAAAAGAUGUUUCCGUCCAGUGCAUUGCCUGGUACAGUGAAGAUAAACCAAUUGCAGUUGGGUACUCUGAUGGAAAGAUUUUGCUUGGAACAAGAGAGCCUCAUGAUGAAGAAGAACCAGUCAUAUUAGCUUCAUAUCAGGAAAGUGUAACUAGCCUGAAAUGGGAUCCAACUGGUCAUCUGCUCCUUGCACUUUCCAGAGAAGAGAUGGUGAAAGUAUGGGGAAGAAUAGGCAGUACCUGGCUAGCAGUUCAAACUCUCUUUCAUUCCGCUUUGGUCAAUACCUCAGCAUGGUGUCCACUUCCGGGGAAAGGUCUGGACCCAAGACUAAUGCUGGCCGUGGGUUGUCAGAAUGGCUUGGUUUAUGUUUGGACACUACCACAAGGUGGCACUGCUGUGUCAUUACCAAACCUCUUGCAUUCGUCUGAUGUACGAGAUAAGCAGACUGAGGAGAGAUUUCAGUUCAGAGGUAAAGCCAAAUGUAUGUUUCACCUCAAUGCUCACAUAACCGCUGUGGUAGCUGUAGCCUUCAGUCCCGAUGGAUUAACACUUUUGUCCGGGGGAAUUGGAGGAUUGAUAAAUAUUUGGUCUCUGCAGGAUGGUUCAGUUCUACAGACUGUGGUAACUGGUCUCGGGUCAGUGGUCGGAAUAGCCUGGAUUCCAGACAUGGGAGUUGCUGUUUGCUCCAGCAGGUCAAAGGAUGUUCUCCUAAUUAGAUGUUCCCCAGAGUGGAUUUUACAGAACCAUAUCUUACCAUCCUGUCGAAUGGCUCUUCGAGCUCAAGGAAUUGUAGGACUGAAUAAAACUCCGUGUAUGAAGGCUUUUAUUGAAAGAUUACCUUUGCUCCUGCACACACAAUAUGCAUAUGAAAAGCCACAUGUUACCUGUGGAGAUCAACUUAUACACAGCAUCUUCCUACAAAGUUUAGCCUCCCUGACAGUCGGCCUUGGUUUAGACCAGUUCCUUUCAAGAACAACUGAUCCACCUCACCACAAAAUCAGUACUCCAGAACCAGUCCCGGUCUCACCCGAAUGGGCUUGGCUGGCAACUUUCUCUGCUACUAUUAAAAGUGCUGAAGCAUUGGCAAAAGGAAGCACCUUCCCUGAAACCUUCAAUGUUCCAGACCUCAGUCAGGUUUCAGAUUCAAAGUUCAUCGAAGCACUGAUGAACAAUAAAUGGAGUUAUGUAAUGGAUGAGCAGCUUAUGAAUUGGGCCACAUCUAGACCAGAGGACUGGCAACUCGGUGGUAAAAGCGAAGUAUUCCUGUGGGGAGGUGGACGUCAUGGACAGCUGGCUGAUGCUGGAGGCAGUGCCUUAAUACCCACCCUUGCACCAACUUUGACACAAGCUGUUCAGGUGGUCUGUGGACAGAACUGUACCUUUAUUGUUCAGGCCAAUGGAACUGUGGUCGCUUUUGGAGAAGGUAGCUAUGGACGCUUGGGUCAAGGAAACUCUGAUGACCUCCACACUCCCACUGUCAUUGCAGCAUUGCAGGGUUAUGUUGUGAUACAGUUAGUCACCUCAUGUGGAUCCGAUGGUCAUUCUAUGGCUCUCGCUGAGAGUGGGGAAGUUUUCAGCUGGGGUGAUGGUGACUAUGGAAAGCUUGGACAUGGAAAUAGUGAAAGACAGCGCAGACCUAGGCAAAUCGAAGCGCUGCAGGGAGAAGACAUAGUGCAGCUCUCUUGUGGAUUUAAACAUUCAGCUGUGGUAACAGUUAAUGGAAAACUCUUUACUUUUGGGAGUGGAGAUUAUGGACGCCUGGGUCUCAGGAGUACAUCCAACAAAAUGCUGCCUGAAAAAGUGACGGCACUGGAAGAUUAUUCACUAGGACAGGUGGCCUGUGGGUUGAAUCACACUCUUGUGGUUUCAUCAGACGGAAUGACAGUGUGGUCCUUCGGUGAUGGAGACUAUGGAAAACUAGGCUUAGGAGCCUGUACUGUUAAAUGCUGUCCCCAGAGAAUUGAGGCCCUUUGCAAUAAAGGAGUGAAGAAAGUAGCUUGUGGAACCCAGUUUUCUGUUGCACUAACAAAGGAUGGUCGUGUAUUCACUUUUGGACAAGAGCGUCUUAUUGGCCUGCCAGAUUCCUUGCUGCGUAAUCACAACCGCCCACAGCAGGUGCCUGCGUUGGAAUCAAUGUUCGUGGAAGAUAUUGCAGUAGGAUCAGAGCAUACACUUGCUCUGUGCUCCACAGGAGAUGUAUUUGCCUGGGGAUGUAAUUCUGAAGGCCAGCUUGGACUAAGUCAUGCCAAUCAAGUUAAAGAGCCAACAUUAAUUACUGCACUUCAAGGGAAGAAUAUUCGUCAGAUUUCAGCUGGCCGGUGUCACAGUGCAGCGUGGACUACCCCUCCUCCUACCACAAGAGCUCCAGGUACCACGCUUCCUGUUCAACUUGGUAUACCACCUAUGAUACCCCCUCAGUAUGGCGUGCUUAAAGACUGUAGCCCAGAAACCCUCACAAAUAGACUGCGGGUUCUGUUUCACUUCUCUGAUCUGAUGCACAAGUCUUGGCGACUAUUAAAUCUCAACUCUAAUAAUCAGACUAAUGCAUCCCUGUAUAAUAUUGGAGCUUCAGCAAUAGCUCAAGGGCGGCUGAGAGGACUCCUGUCUCCAAAAGUUAACAUCCUGCCACUAGUGCGAUCAAUAGGAAGAACUAUGAUUCAGGGAAAGACCUAUGGACCUCAGAUCACAGUGAAGAGAAUUUCUGCAAGGGGUCGGUCAACCAAGCCUAUCUUCAUUCAGAUUGCCAAACAGGUUGUGCAGCUCAAUGCCUCAGAACUGAGGCUUCCAUCACGAGCAUGGAAAGUGAAGCUGAUUGGAGAAGGUGCCGAUGAUGCUGGUGGAGUAUUUGAUGACACAAUUACUGAAAUGUGCCAGGAAUUGGAGACUGGAGUAGUUGAUUUACUGAUUACAACACCAAAUGGUGUUGCAGAAGUUGGUAGUAACAGAGACAGAUUUUUAGUAAACCCAUCAGCUUGCACGGAAGAGCACCUCCAACAAUUUAAGUUUUUGGGGGUACUGAUGGCGGUGGCUAUUCGGACUAAGAAACCAUUGGAUUUGCAUCUAGCACCACUUGUAUGGAAACAACUGUGCUCAAUUCCACUCGUCCCUGAGGAUUUGGAAGAGGUUGACUUACUUUACGUUCGUAAUUUGUAUGGAAUCUUGCAUCUGGAUGACAGUGGGAUAACAGAAGACAAUUUCUUGGAGAUGAUUCCUCUGGAUUCUUUUGUUGCUCAGAGUGCGGAUGGUAGAGUUGUUCCAAUAAUUCCUGGAGGAAGUAGUAUUCCUUUGACUUUUGGAAACAGGAAGGAGUAUGUGGAGAGAGCAAUUGAAUAUAGAUUACAUGAAUUAGAUCAGCAGGUAGCAGCAAUAAGACAGGGCAUGUCAGCUAUUGUCCCUGUACCACUCCUAUCUCUACUAACUGAACGACAGCUCGAACAGCUUGUAUGUGGGAUGCCAGAAGUGAACGUAGAAACGUUAAAAAAAGUUGUCCGUUACCGUGAUAUUGUUGAAAACCAUCAGCUGCUGAGCUGGCUCUGGCAAACACUGCAAGAGUUUUCGAACGAGGAGAGGGUUUUAUUUCUUCGCUUUGUCUCUGGUCGCUCCAGGCUGCCGGCCAACCCUGCAGACAUCACGCAGAAAUUUCAGAUUAUUAAAGUGGACAGGCCUGUCGAUGGUCUUCCUACAGCUCAGACCUGCUUCUUCCAACUUCGAUUACCCCCUUACUCUAGCCAGCAGGUGAUGGCAGAACGUCUGCGAUAUGCCAUUCAGAACUGCAGGUCCAUUGACAUGGACAAUUAUAUGCUAUCCAGGAAUGCUGACACUGGAGAAGGUUCAGACACCGAGUAUUGAGAGCUGCUUUCUUCAAUACCACCUGAAAAUCAACUUUUCAUCAAAAGAAUCUCAGGCGAUAACACGGAGAAAUAAAAUAAGAAACAAGCAGCUUACACACUGGACAAACUUUUUUUUAAUUGACAUUUUCUACUUUGCAGAAUAAGCAUUUGCUACCUUACAGAUUUUACACCAACAUGUCCUGGUGUUACUUUUUAAAGAAAACAAUUUAAUUUGACUUUGUGCACUACAGAUAAUCAGGAUUUGCCUAUCGACAUCCUGUAAAAUUGUAAAACAUGUUGUGGUUGAAAGCAUAUGCACGUGGUACAUUGAUUAAGUCCAGCACUUUGCCUAAUUUUAGCAUCUUGUGUACUGGAUCAGAGUGGACAAUUGCCAAACAGUAACCUGAUUAUGGAAACUUCACGACUUGAAUUUAAUUCUUUUGUACGAAAAUCAUUUUCCAUACCACACUGAACAAUAAAGGAUCUGGGCCAUGCUAAAACAUUCAUGACAAAUUCUUCAGUGGCAAAUACACAUUCAUGCUUAGUGGUGGUGAUUGUAGAUGUGAUAACUAAAUAUUUUAAAACUUG